AUGACCGGUCUCUUAGAUUGCUAUAAACCAUUGAACUCUGGACUUCAUAUACUUAUCGCUGAUGUUGAAAUCGAAGCGGAGUCGGACCAGGCAGACAUAUUGGUGGCAAGAUUUGAAGGCGAGGACGGGCGCGGCAAAGCGCAUGAUCGAUUCGGUCUGAAGCGUUUGCUCUGUGAGGUAGCACCAGGCAGGCUAGGCCUUGCGCCCCCGACCAGCACGGUGGGAGAACCGCCAACUGGCGUCUAUGUUGCGUGCAAGAUGCGAGCCUGGGACUGGGAGCCACAACGGCUCUCCGUCGAUUCCGGCUAUUUAGCUAAGGCUUUUGAGUUCCGAUGGAUUCAGAGCCUCUGUCUCCCGGAACCGCUCUGGCUUUUGGGGAAACACCUUGGAAGCAAUGGUGUGCCUCCCGCCGUCUUAAAGCCAUUUUUAAAAUUAUUGCUUCAGGGCCUUGAUUUUCUCCAUUCCGAGUGCCAUAUUAUACAUACAGAUCUCAAGGCAGAUAACUUUCUCUUGGGAUUCGAAGACUCUGGGGUUCUUGAGAGUUAUGCUCGCCAACAAGAAAGCAAUCCUGCUCCGUUUUGGGACGACGGUGGUCGUCCUGUAUUUCAGUCUCGUCCGGAUUUCGGGCAUCUGAGGAAAGGGGUAGGACUGGUUCAGAUCAGCGACUUUAGUGCUGCUGUUUUCGGCAACGUUCCUAAGCCUCAUAACCAUGAUAUUCAACCUCAGCCCUUUCGUGCGCCAGAGGUUCUUUUAAAGGCGACAUGGACAUAUAGUGCAGAUAUAUGGAACUUGGGCACCAUGCUAUGGGAGCUUCUUGCAGAUCGUGUUCUUUUUGAUGGGCUGGACUCCGGGAGCAGCACGUAUUCGCGAGUAAAACACAUAGCCCAAAUAAUACGGCUGCUUGGUCCGCCUCCACUGCAGUUACUGGAAAGGGCAGACCAAGGCAUUUGCUCCGAGCUCUUCUCCAGCCACGGAGAGUUCAAAUUGCCAGAUUUAAUCCCAUCUGAGGAAUAUAAUCUUUCAAACCUUACACCAUUUGUCCACGGGGAAGACAAAGGACUUUUCCUUGAAUUUGUGGGCAAAAUGCUGCGCUGGAUGCCAGAAGAUCGGGCAACGGCUAGAGAGCUGUACAAUGACCCCUGGUUGAACUUCAAGCCUUAA